AAUCAGUAUGCACUAUACAGAUUGACCAAUCAUGAUCAUCCUACAAACUCUCAGUGUCUUCCUGGCAGCCGCAUCAGUGGCCGCAGGUCAAGAAACAUCUCAAUUAGACUAUCCGGGCACGGCAUGGGUUACCGCCGAGUAUUCCACGAGCCCAGAAACCCUCCCUUCUCCCCAAACCACAGGCACAGCAUGGGAGACCUCCUUCCAGCAAGCCUCAUAUUUCGUCUCUAACAUGACUCUCGAAGAAAAAAUCCAAAUCAUAACCGGCACCUCUGGUCCAUGCGUCGGCAACAUCGCUCCAAUCACGAGACUCAACUUCGGCGGCCUCUGCCUUCAAGAUGGACCUCUCGCCAUUCGAAAAGCUGACUACGCCAGCGUCUUCCCAGCCGGUGUCACAGUCGCCGCAUCCUGGGAUCGAAAGCUCGCACGUAAACGUGGUCAGGAGCUUGGCGAGAAGUUCAGAGGCAAAGGCGCGCAUGUGAUUCUUGGACCUGUAGCUGGACCGCUAGGUCGAUCGAGUCGUGGAGGCAGAAACUGGGAAGGAUUACCAUAAUCUUUCAGUGCAGUAUGAAUUCGGCUUUGGCUUGUAAGUAGUCCUGCUCUUAUGCCUGUAAUCAUAGAGCUGACAGAUCAUACACCAACUUCUCAGUCGGCAACCUGAAGAUCAAGCGUCUCGGAUCAGGCAGUAUUCCGGCCAUCCCUCCCGAUUCGAAGACUAUGCCAGGCGGAAACCCAGAGCUUUGGAACCUCGUGUAUGAAAUUAAAGCCACAGUUACGAAUACCGGCCAAGUGCUCGGCGAUGCAGUUCCUCAGCUAUAUCUCGGCUUGCCCCAGCCUGAUGACGGUGAUCCCUCACCGGUCAAGGUCUUACGGGGCUUUCAAAAGGUCAAAUGGGUCCUGGACAGGUGAAGGAAGUCACAUAUGAGCUGAUCAGGAGAGAUCUCAGUUAUUGGGAUGUACUGGCGCAGCAAUGGAUGAUUGCACCGGGUGAGAUCAAGGUUAUGGUCGGGUUGAGUAGUCGCGAUAUUCAAGCUAC